AUGUCUGCUUCUCCUGCUUCUCCUGCUCCUUCUCGUACAAUGGAUGUGAUUGUUUCCAUCCAUGAGAAUGAACCUGCUAUCCAGUUAAAGUUUCUUUCUGAAAGAUUAAAUUGGGAUAACCUAGUAUCCUUCAUUCAGUCUUCUUCUACUCUUGAGCCUCCUGUUGUUCUCUAUUAUAAGCUUGCGUUUGACGCACCUACUAAGACCUUGGAAAGCCAAGAGCAUUUGAAUCAGUUGCUCUCCACCUUGGACUCGCCUUCUUCCUUGCGUUUCUAUGGUCAUCAGGAACAUGUUGCUUCUCCUGUGUUUGUUUCAUCUACAGCUGCUUUUGCUCGUCUUGGUGCUUUGGUGGAUCAGCAUAAGCAUGUCUUGAAGUCCAGCUAUCGCCUCUCUAGAUGGAUCGGUGUUUUGGCUUCCAUGAUGGCGACAUCGGACAGAUCUUUUGAGCAUGAAUUCCAAGUACUUGAAAGCCUGAUUCAAAGAAAAGCGCUUAAGCUUGAGCGCCGCAGUGCUGGUCGUUCUGACAAGAAGAAGGACAGCUCUGCUGAAACAGAUGGUGUGAUCUCUGCUGCUGAAGAUGAGGAAUUUGCUGAAUCGCCUCAAGUCAUUGACUUGGAUGCUCGUCUGGAUAAUCUAGAUAUCAGUGGUCGCCCUGGAUUUGGUGGACAUUUUGGUCGUCGUGGCCCUGGUUUUGGCUUUGGUCGUCGUGGUAGACAUGGCUACGGGUUCUUUGAAGGAUGCCUUGGUGGUGCCAAGAAUGACAAACCUGAAAUUGACUUGAAUUUUGAAAAUACACGCCAAGCAUUUGCUCAAUUCCACCGUGAUCGUCUUCACCAUCGUCACCAUGAUAGACCUCAUCCUCCUCAUAAUGGUCCUUCUAGUGAUUCUGAAGGAGAAGCUAAUUUCGGUAAAUUUAGUGGUGGUAGACAUCAUCGUCAUCAUCAUCAUCAUCAUCAUCAUGGCAGACCUCAUCCUUAUAGUGGUCCUCGUCCUUUUGGUGGUCCUUUUUCCUUUGAUGCACUAUCUGAUAGUGAUGAAGAUUUCUUUGGUCCUCAUCGUGGUAAGCAUUUCGAUUGUCGUGGUGGACGUGGUGGACGUGGUGGUUUUGGUUUUGGUUUUGGUUUUGGUCCUGGUUUUGGUGGUGCUCCUCCUGCUUUUGGCAAUGAUAAAGAACUCUUUGGUUGUCGUGGAUUUGGUGGCCCUGGAUUCGGUGGUCGUCACGGUUUUGGCAAGCAUGACAAACACCAUUGCGAAUAA